AUGUCACGAAGAAUACACCCCGCGUUUCAGAGUAAAACGGUCGUCAAACUAGAGUGCAAGUAUUGCGAAAGAUACAUUUGUGCUCGUGGAAUGAGGGCGCUUUUGUUGGCCGACACCAAAGUGGAACUCUACUCGACUGACUUGCCCCCAGAAAAGUAAGUUUAAUGGUUGUGUUUCUUUGUAAAUAAGGAUAAAGCUGGUCCAUUUCUUACCGGAUAACCUAUAUUAUUUUCGCAUUUCUUUGUAGUGCUAUUCAGCUGAUUGGAACAGAUUACUCAACAGAAAACUGUGAUUGUCGAAUCAAAGAUGUUGCCUGCCUCGGAUGGUAAGCUUCAAAUCAAUGAAUCGUGUUUUAUUUGCCUCUCUUUUCAAAAUUGCCUUUCUGGGUAAAUCUUCAUGUCAUGUUUUCAAUAGUUAGUUGUGAUUUUGAACUCUCGUUUAUGCUGUAUUUGUCUCAAUUUUCAGCGGAAAUGUUGUCGGAUACCAUGUAACUCUUCCAUGUCAAUCCUGUAUUCGUUCCUGUAACAACGGCCAUUUCUGGAUGUUUCACUCCAGCGCUGUUACGCCCGUCGAAAGAUUGGAUCAAACAGGUAAAAAUCCGUAAUAGAUUGAUAUCUUGUACUGGUACAAAUGAAAACCUCACAGUGGACCUAGGGGAAAGCACGUGGAGAUUCUAAUACAGCUGUUUAAUUGUUUGAUGUCAUGAGUUGACAUCAUUGAUGUUUGGCACUUUAUUCAGCUUUUUGUCUGUAAUAAGUUACAGUAUUUAUUUCCGGUGAUUAUGGUGUUGUUAUGCUAACUUUUGGACGUGAUAUGACCACAUUUUGCAUUGAUAACCGUAACAGAUGACGAGUAAAUAAGUUGGGAAUAAAUCGUAGCUAAUCUCCUUUUUAAUAACCCGUGGAAUAGAGAAAGGCGACAAAAAAAAAAUUUAUGCAGCAUUACACUCUAAAAUUUUCAUCACUCGAGACUGAUAGGCACUAAUUAUUUGGUACUAUUGCAUGGGUGAAGCAAAAUCACUCAAGCUCAAGCUCGUGAAGGCAGCUUAGGCCCAGUUCAAGGGGUCAAACUUUUCAUGUACCUUACUGAAUACUUAUUUGGGUCGACCAAACUGAUGAUACAGGUUUGACAGUUGAUUCAAACAUCUCAAAUUUAUAAGUCGGACGCAAUUCAUUUUCACGAUGUACAAUGCUUCUUAUAGCAAUUGUAUGAACAAGAUUUAGCACAUGAAAGCAAUAUUUGAAGCAAAGUCACUGCACAGUUAAAAUUCUCAUGUGGGUCACACAAACUUAAUUCAUGGGUUGGCCUAAACUUUAUUGAUUCAAAUGCUGAUCUUUUCAUGUACUAAAUGGAAGGGAUUAGGAUUCCAUGAAGAAGUUUCUUGUUUCAACUGGGCCUUAUUGCGAGGCACCAUAUGACAAGUUCCAAAUAAUUUUAAUGCUUCUGUUUGCUUGUAGGAAUUCAAAUAAUGUUGUGGGGAUCUCUUCCCAACUCAAAAGAAGACACUGAGUUGAGCGAUGAUGAUAUGUGGAUGGAAGAAUGCUGCAGAUAA